AGGCUUUUCUCGACACAACACCUGAGUGGAUCAGGAAGCAAAUGCAGCGCAGCUGGCUCACCGUUGUCAGUUCACCGUGUCUGCCGAGUUAACCUGCGAGCACUGCGCGAAACUCCGUCCUUUCUCGGCUUCCACCGUUCUUAAUGACGGACUUACCCCUUCCGGUUUGAGUUUGUGGAUCUGCCUACCGAGCCCCGGACUCGGACGACAGGAGCAACUUCCACAGCUGAACGGAGGGGACGUUUAAGUGCCUGCGUCCUGAGACCUGGACAGGUAGAGGAGGAACUCUGCUUCACCUGCUCCUCUCCGUGUUCCCUGCUGACACAUUUCUCUAACGGCGUUCAUUCAUUUCCGUCCGGCAUCAAGUUACGGAGCGGAGAGGGAGAGAGAGGAGUUCAUUGUGGCGAAGCGGUGACAUUUCCAGCCUCUACCGAGGACAAACCCACCCGAGUCCACGCCAGAGACCAACAACGGUUCGGGCGGGCGGGAAGGAGGACGCUCUGGUUAUGUACCUGUAGAGUCCACAACUCUGCUGAAAGGGAGACGGAGCCCUCUCGUUCUCCCUGCGUGCACGCUCACCGUUGGAGGUGAACAGGUGCCUUACCUGUGAACGUCACCUGUCCCGUUCUUCCUUAGCAAAAUGGCUAGCUCGGAGACUGCGGCCGCUUCGCAGCCGGCUGGAGGGAAGGACGAGCGCCCGGGCGCGGCGCUCGCCCCAGGGGUGCCCAUCAGGGGCAUCCGGAUGAAAUUCGCCGUGCUGGCUGGCCUGGUGGAAGUUGGGGAAGUUUCCAAUCGAGACAUCGUGGAAACCGUGUUCAACCUGCUAGUUGGUGGCCAGUUUGACCUUGAGAUGAACUUCAUCAUCCAGGAACCAGAAAGCAUUGUGUGCAUGAUGGAGCUGCUGGAGAAGUGUGAGCCAAACUGCCAGGCUGAGAUUUGGAGCAUCUUCACGGCCAUCCUGAAGAAAAGUGUCCGUAACCUUCAGGCGUGCACCGAUGUGGGUCUGAUCCAGCAGGUGCUCCAGCGAAUAGCAACAGCGGACAGCAUGAUUGCAGACCUGCUGGUGGACAUGUUGGGCGUGCUCGCCAGCUACAGCAUCACUGUGAAGGAGCUCAAGGUUUUUUUCAGCAAGUUGCAGGGGGAGAAAGGCCAGUGGCCACGUCAUGCUGUGAAGCUUUUGUCAGUUUUGAAGAACAUGGCACACAGGAAUGGUCCUGAGUCAUUCUUCAGCUUUCCAGGGAAAAAUGCAGCUGCAAUAGCUCUGCCUCCUAUUGCAAGAUGGCCGUACCAGAAUGGAUUUACAUUCCACACCUGGCUCCGGAUGGACCCUCUCAACAACAUCAAUGUAGACAAAGACAGGCCUUAUUUGUACUGUUUCCGCACCAGUAAAGGCAUGGGGUACUCUGCUCACUUUGUAGGCGGCUGCUUGAUAGUGACCUCAUUAAAAUCAAAGGGCAAAGGUUUCCAGCACUGUGUGAAGUUUGACUUCAAACCACAAAAGUGGUACAUGGUGACUCUUGUUCACACCUACAAUCGCUGGAAAAACAGUGAGAUUAGCUGCUACGUUAACGGAGAGCUGGCGUCCUUUGGAGACCUCGCCUGGUUUGUCAACACCAGCGACACAUUUGACAAGUGCUUCCUCGGAUCCUCGGAGACGGCGGAUGUGAACCGUGUCUUCUGUGGACAGAUGGGGGCAGUUUACUUGUUUUCAGAAGCUCUCAGUGCUGCUCAGAUCUUGGCCAUCUAUCAGCUGGGUCCCGGCUACCAGGGUACGUUCAAAUACAGGGCUGAGAGCGACUUGCUGUUCGCCGAGCAUCAUAAGACCUUACUGUACGACGACAAGCUCUCGUCCUGCAUCGCCUUCACUUACAACCCUCGCGCCACCGAUGCCCAGCUCUGCCUCGAGUCCUCCCCCAAGGACACCGCCUCGAUUUUCGUCCACUCGCCCCACGCCCUCAUGCUGCAGGACGUGAAGGCUGUGGUGACUCACUCCGUCCAGAGUGGCAUCCACUCCAUCGGUGGUGUGCAAGUCCUCUUCCCUCUGUUUGCACAGCUGGAUUAUCGCCAGCCCUCCAGCCAAGAGCUGGACACCUCUGUCUGCUGCACUUUACUGUCUUUUGUGAUGGAGCUUCUGAAGAACUCUGUGGCCAUGCAGGAGCAGGUGUUGGCCUGCAAAGGCUUUCUUGUCAUCGGCUACGCUUUGGAGAAGUCCUCCAAGGUGCAUGUGACACGGCCCGUCCUGGACAUCGUUUUGGCCUUUUCCAGGUACCUUAGCAACCUGCAGAACGGCAUCUUGCUGCUGAAGCAGCUGUCUGACCACAUUCUGUUCAACCCCGCCAUCUGGAUCCACGCCCCUGCCAAGGUGCAGCUGAUUCUCUACACCUACUUGGCGUCAGAAUUCAUCAGCACGGUGACGAUCUACAAUGCUGUUCGCAGAGUGGGCACCGUGCUUCAGAUCAUGCACACACUAAAAUACUACUACUGGGUUGUCAACCCUCAAGACCGCAGUGGAAUCACCCCCAAAAGCCUUGAAGGGCCGAGGCCCAAACCGAAGGAGAUGCUCUCUUUGCGAGCCUUUCUGCUGCUGUUUGUCAAGCAGCUCAUAAUAAAGGAUAAUGGAGUGAAGGAAGACGAGCUGCAGAGUAUCCUCAACUACCUCCUGACGAUGCACGAGGAUGAAAAUCUGAUGGAUGUCCUGCAGUUGCUGGUUGCUCUGAUGUCGGAACAUCCCGGCUCUAUGAUCCAGGCCUUUGAUCAGCGGAAUGGGAUUCGUGUGAUUUACAAGCUUUUGGCCUCAACGAAUGAGGGUGUGAGAGUCCAGGCACUGAAGGUCCUGGGCUACUUCCUCAAAAGCCUUCCACCAAAGAGGAAGUCGGAGGUCAUGCUGAGUCAUGGUCUGUUCUCUCUGCUCACGGAGCGUCUGAUGCUCCACUCCAACCAGUUCACCAUGACAACCUACAACGUGCUCUAUGAGAUUCUCACAGAGCAGAUCUGCACUCAAGUGAUCCAUAAACAGCAUCCGGACCCCGACUCCAGUCUGAAGAUUCUCAACCCACAAAUCCUGAAGGUAAUAGCAGCUCUCCUGAAGACCUCUCCCCCCUCCCCUGAGAGCAUGGAGGUGCGCCGGGCCUUCCUGUCAGACAUGAUCAAACUGUUCAAUAACAACCGGGAGAACCGCAGGAGCCUGCUGCAGUGCUCCGUGUGGCAGGAGUGGAUGCUCUCUCUCUGCUACAUCAACCCGCGGAACAACGAGGAGCAGAAAAUCACAGAGAUGGUGUACGCCAUCUUCCGCAUCCUCCUCUACCACGCCAUCAAAUAUGAGUGGGGCGGUUGGCGCGUGUGGGUGGACACCCUGUCCAUCGCCCACUCUAAGGUGAGUUUUGAACAGCACAAGGAAAGUCUGUCCCGGAUGUUCCGUCAGUACCAGCAUCAAGAGUCUACGGGCUCUCAGGGUGCAAUUCGAACCAUCUCUGGUGUCAGCCAAAGCUCCGAGACCAUAAAAAGCAUUAAUGGGCCACCCAGAGAGGAGAUGCCGCCCUCCACUGUCAUUGAGCUUACAGUGGACAAACUGUCCCAGAAAUCCCUGGACUCAGCACCAAGUCCAACCAACACCUCCAGGCCAGAGGAGGUCGGGGAGGACAGGGGCCACACAUCCAUCACUGUGUCCAACAUUCUGGCCGGGGCUGAAGAUGAAGAGCAGAAGCUAAUGGAGGAGUCAUCUGGCGACCGCUCAAGUGUCAAACAAGAAACCGUAUCGGCUGUGAUGCAACAAACUAACGCUGGAGAACAGGGCAAAGAAAUCGAGGAGGAAAAGGCGGCGACUGAGACGGGACCUGACGAAAGCAAUAAGGAUGUAGAAACCACCGAUGGCGACAAAUCUGUCAUAACUGACACAAAAACUGAGGGAAUGGAAGGAGAUCCAGACCAUUCUACAAGUCAAACGAGUAGUGAGGAAUCCAUUGAACACACCCAAAGUGAAUCAACAGACGUUCCAGGAAAAGGAGACACAUAUCAGCAAAUGUCCCCCGAGCCUGUGUCCUCUCUGGAGAACAGUGGAGCGUCUGUCUUCAACGAAGAUUUGGUUGAUGUUUCAUCUGUUAGUGACCAGAUCCACCGUAGUGAUGCAGAUGACAGCCAAGAAGAGUCCUCUUACACUUCUGCUGUCACUGGAGAGGAUGGAGAGGUAGGUAAGGAGGACGGUAAACACGAAGAUGGGAAUGGCAAAGCAGACCAUCGCAACGAGCAAGAGUCAAAAACGGAAAAGGAAGAAGACAAGAUGCAGGAAGUCGACCUGAAAGAAGAAGAUAGUAAAUCUGUAGAAAAGCAGGUAUCUUGUUCAGAGGGUCAGACACCUGAGACUGAAACAUCAGAACAAACUGAGAAUGUUGGCGAUGAUCCGUGUUCCUCAAGGUCUGAAAGUGCUCCUACACACCAGCAAAGCUCAGAUGCUACAGGUGCAGACCCCAACUCCCCAAACCAGCCUCCAGAGACCGGUGGGACCUCAGCCGAAGAAACCCCUGACAGUAGCACCAGCCUUGCCUCCAGCUCAGACACCCACCAGGGCACUGACUCUGCCAACAAGACCAAAGAGAUCAAAAUAGCCCGACUGGACGUGUCCAAUGUGACCUUGGACACGGAGAGACUUGAGCUAAAGGAGACAUCCUCAACAGAGAUACGCCAAGGCCAAUCAGCAGUGGCCACAGCAUCAGACGGGGAAGCAGGAGGUUCCUUGGGACAGCCAGGAGAGAGCAGCUCACCGGGGCCUCGCUCUACUAUGUUCCGUAUCCCAGAAUUCCGCUGGUCUCACAUGCAUCAGCGCCUCCUGACUGACUUGCUCUUCUCUGUGGAGACAGACGUCCAGGCGUGGAGGAGCCACUCCACAAAGACCGUUCUGGACUUUGUGAACAGCAGUGAGAACAUCGUGUUUGUGCACAACAGCAUCCACCUCAUCUCCCAGGUGGUGGACAAUCUCAUUAUGGCUUGUGGAGGCAUUUUGCCUCUGCUCUCCGCUGCUACGUCCUCCUCUCAUGAGCUUGAAAACAUUGAGCAAUCCCAGGGCUUGACCGUGGAGGCCUCAGUCACCUUCCUGCAGCGCCUCAUUAACCUCGCCGAUGUCCUCAUCUUUGCCAGCUCCCUUAACUUCACCGAGAUAGAAGCUGAGAAGAACAUGUCGUCAGGAGGAAUCCUGAGACAAUGCCUUCGUCUUGUGUGUGCUAUAGCGGUGAGGAAUUGUCUGGAGUGCCAGCAUGCUCCGACUAAACAAGGUGCCGAAGGUUCAGCUCGAGCUUUCACGGGUACGCCCAGCAGUGUGCUCGGGACAGCCAAAUCUGCAGCUGUUCAGAGUCCCAUUGAUGCAGUGACCGGUGGCGUGUCUUCAGUCAGAGACUUGGACCGACUCCUUCAGGACAUGGACAUUAACCGGCUCCGGGCCGUUGUUUUCAGAGAUAUUGAGGACAGUAAGCAGAGUCAGUUUCUGGCUCUGGCUGUGGUCUACUUCAUCUCCGUCCUCAUGGUGUCCAAGUAUCGGGACAUCCUGGGGCCUCACAGUGACAGAAAACCUCCUCAUCGCUCUCAGUCUUCAAGGAGCACAGACAGCGGUGCCGUUUCAGGUGGAGCCGAGGUGGAGAACGGCUUCUCUUUGAGGCGCUAUGACUCUGGCAUUGGCGAGGACCACACAUCCGCUGCAGCGAGCGAGGUGGAUCUGUCCUCGUCUGGAGCGACUCACGGCCCAGACGCAGUCUCUGAAGCCCUGUCCGCGUUGUCCUCCGAGGUCAGACCCGCUGCGGCUGCUGACUCGAAGGGCAAAAAUGUGAAAGACAUUCUGCGUAGCCUUGUCAGCGCUCAGUCUGAUGACAUCACCGUGGACCCAAGUCUGCUCUCCCCAGCGUUCCUCGGGCCUGUGAGCGAUGUCGUCAGAGACUCAUCCCUUCAGUUUCGGUCUUUUGAUAGAAGUGUUGUCGUUGCACCCAAGAAAGUUGGCAGUGUGCCCCCUCAAGGCCUGUCCACCUCUGUCCAGACGUCUGCUGCUGCCACAGUGUCUGCUGGGACAGCAGUGGACAGCGUUGCUGUGGUGUCCUCUGAUGACUCCCCUCAGGCUGCAUCUGUAGACUCUGAAUCUGCAGGCGGCCCAGUUCCAGCCAGCACCAGCCUGCCAUCUGUCCCCCCUCUCUCCCCUGUGACCCAGAACACCGCCCCCAAUAUGAGUAUCUCAGAGCGUCUGGAGCACGCUCUGGAAAAGGCCGCCCCUCUGCUGCGGGAGAUCUUUGUCGACUUCGCCCCGUUUCUCUCUCGCACCCUGCUGGGCAGCCACGGACAGGAGCUCCUUAUCGAGGGCACCAGUCUGGUGUGCAUGAAGUCCAGCAGCUCAGUGGUGGAGCUCGUCAUGCUUCUGUGUUCUCAGGAAUGGCAGAACUCCAUUCAGAAGAACGCAGGUCUGGCCUUCAUCGAGUUGGUCAAUGAAGGCAGGCUCCUCAGCCACACUAUGAAGGACCACCUGGUUCGUGUUGCUAAUGAAGCCGAGUUCAUCCUGAGCAGACAGCGGGCUGAAGACAUACACAAGCAUGCAGAGUUUGAGUCGCACUGUGCCCAGUAUUCAGCAGAGAAGCGAGAAGAGGAGAAAAUGUGCGACCAUUUGAUUAGAGCAGCUAAGUUCCGUGAUCACAUGACCGCCACGCAGCUCAUCCAGAAGAUAGUGAACAUCCUGACUGACAAACACGGAGCGUGGGGAAACUCCUCCAAAAGCCGGCCGAGGGAUUUCUGGCGCCUGGACUACUGGGAGGACGAUUUAAGGAGGCGACGUCGCUUCAUCAGGAACCCCUUCGGAUCGAGUCACUCAGAAGCUACGCUCAAAGCGGCGGCUGAGCACGCGCCUGAGGAGGACCUUCUGAAAGGCCAGCAGUCCAUCAGGAGUCCGGCUCUGGGAAAUCAGAACUCGGAGAGUGAGACGUCACUCGACGGAGAUGAUGACACCCUGUCAUCUUUAGAGGAGAAGGACCUGGAGAACGUAACAGGACCCGUGAGCUUGAGCACGAGCGCUCAGCUCGUGGCCCCGGCCGUGGUGGUGAAGGGCACUCUGUCUAUCAGCGCCUCGGAGCUCUUCUUCGAGGUGGAUGAGGACGAUCCGGCCUUCAGGGCCAUCGACCCAAAGAUCUUGGCCUACACAGAAGGUCUUCAUGGAAAAUGGCUGUUCACCGAGAUCCGAGCCAUCUUUUCCAGACGCUACCUGCUGCAGAACACCGCUCUGGAAGUAUUCAUGGCAAACAGAACGGCGGUCAUGUUCAACUUUCCAGAUGCAGCCGUGGUGAAGAAGGUGGUUCACAGUCUUCCUCGUGUUGGGGUGGGCACGAACUACGGCCCUCCUCAGACCAGACGCAUUUCUUUGGCCACGCCCAAGCAGCUCUUCAAGGCAUCCAACAUGACUCAGCGCUGGCAGCGCCGAGAGAUAUCCAACUUCGAGUACCUGAUGUUUCUGAACACCAUCUCUGGUCGAACCUUUAAUGAUUUAAACCAGUACCCGGUCUUCCCCUGGAUAAUCACCAACUAUGACUCGGCAGAACUUGACCUCACACUGCCCAGCAACUUCAGAGACCUUUCUAAGCCCAUUGGUGCUCUGAACCCCAAGAGGGCAGCCUUCUUUUCAGACCGAUACGAGUCCUGGGAGGAUGAUCAGGUGCCCAAGUUCCACUACGGCACCCACUACUCUACCUCCAGCUUCACCUUGAUGUGGCUACUGCGCAUCGAACCUUUCACCACGUUCUUCCUCAACUUCCAAGGAGGGAAGUUCGACCAUGCUGACCGUACCUUCUCCUCACUGUCCAGAGCCUGGAGGAACUGCCAGAGAGACACGUCUGACGUUAAGGAGCUCAUCCCAGAGUUCUUCUAUCUGCCUGAGAUGUUCGUCAACGCCAACAAUUACAACCUGGGUGUGAUGGAGGACAACACCGGGGUGUCUGAUGUAGAGCUUCCACCUUGGGCCAAAAGCCCAGAGGACUUUGUACGGAUUAAUCAACAGGCGCUGGAGAGUGAGUUUGUGUCGUGUCAGCUUCACCAGUGGAUCGACCUGAUCUUUGGCUACAAGCAGCAGGGACCUGAAGCCUCCAGAGCGCUCAAUGUUUUCUAUUAUCUCACCUACGAGGGAGCGGUCGACCUGAGCUCCAUCCAGGACCCCAUGCUCAGAGAGGCGGUGGAGUCUCAGAUCAGGAGUUUUGGACAGACACCCUGUCAGCUGCUUAUUGAGCCACACGCACCAAGGAGCUCAGCAAUGCAAGUGUAUCUUCUCCUGCAGAGCCCCCUGAUGUUCACAGAGCAGAUGCAGCAAGACGUUAUCAUGGUGCUGAAGUUCCCGUCCAACUCUCCCGUGACACACGUAGCGGCCAACACCCAGCCAGGCCUGACAUCGCCCGCCAUCAUCACCGUCACCGCCAGCCGCCUCUUUGCUGUCAACAAGUGGCUCGGCCUGGCAGGUCAUCCGAGCUCGGCGGAGCAGCAGUACCAGCUUCCUGUGGAAAUCGACCCUCUGAUAGCCAGUAAUGUGGGCACUCAUCGCCGUCAGAUCCCAGACCUGCUGGAUCAGAGCAUUCAGAUCAGCUCCCAGUGUUUUGUCAUCGCAGCCAACAACCGCUUCAUCCUGCUGUGUGGCUUCUGGGACAAGAGCUUCCGGGUCUACUCCACGGACACAGGCAAACUGACUCAGAUAGUGUUCGGGCAUCGGGAUGUGGUGACGUGUCUGGCUCGCUCGGAGUCCUACAUCGGAGGAGACUGCUACAUCCUGUCGGGCUCCAGAGAUGCCACCCUGCUGCUGUGGUACUGGAACGGAAAGCACAGCUGCAUCGGAGAGAGCUCAGGCACGUUUGUCACGCCACGGGCCAUCCUGACAGGUCAUGACUGUGAGGUGACGUGUGUGAGUGUGUGUGCGGAGCUGGGACUCGUCAUCAGCGGCUGCAACGAGGGUCCAUGUCUGAUCCAUUCUAUGAAUGGGGACCUGCUCCGGACCCUGGAGGGCCCCGAGAUGUGCCAGAGGCCCCGACUCAUCCAGUGCUCCUCAGAGGGUCACUGCAUCAUUUAUUAUGACAAGGGACACUUCUGUCUCUUCUCUGUCAAUGGCAAGCUGCUUGGACACAUGGAGGUGGAGGACAGCACGAAGGCGAUGCUUCUGAGCAAAGAUGGCCAGUAUCUGCUGACUGGUGGAGAUGGAGGUGUAGUUUCUGUCUGGGAGGUUCACAGCCUCAAGCAGCUGUUCAUCUAUCCAGGUUGUGAUGCAGGGAUCCGCUCCAUGGCCAUGUCACAUGACCAAAGGUGCAUCAUAACUGGCAUGGCGUCCGGGAGCAUCGUUCUCUUCUACAACGACUUCAAUAAGUGGCAUCACGAGUACCAGACCAGAUACUGAGUAAACGUGACCAGCUCAACACACCAACGCAUCUCUUUAUAGCCUCGUAUCCUGAAUGUAUCUCCGAGAAAAAUAAUCUGUCCUGUUGUAGUAAAAGCAGCAACCUAUUUUUAAAAGGGCAUUGCUAUAUUUUGUAGCUCAGAUAGAAAUUUUUCCUAUAAAUCUUAAGGUGUGUGUGUGUAUGUGUGUGGGGGGGGGGGGUUUAUGCUACUGUUCAGUUGAAAAACAAAUCUAUUUUUAGCGUAAGAGUCUAUUUUCAUCUCCUCCGCAAGUGAAAGCGGAGUUUGUGGGAAGUUAGACGUAUAAAAUCCAAAUUUUUGUGUACUUUAGGGUGUGUGAUUUUCUUUCUGAGGUAGGUGUGUACGUGAGGAGGAAACGAAGCUAUUAAUCAUUUUUUAUUUUGUCAUCGCAGCAGAUAGGUUAUGAUUGAAUACAAGCGUGACAGAAAGAGGGACUACACAUUUAUAUAACUCUAUUAAAAUGUAAUCCUCAUGUUUAAGCGGUCUUCUCUCUACAUGACUUGCUUUGAGAUUUCUGUGCACGGCACAUAUUUAAAGAAUUUGUUUAUUUAACCAUUUAAAAUCAAUCUGCUUUUGUUUAAUAUAAAGUUAUUCCACCUUUUUUUCUCCUUGAUGACUGAAUAAUGAUUUGUUUAAACCAGGAUUCAGACAUUAACUGUCCAAGCCGGCCUCAAAGCCUUCAGGGUCUCACCUCCAAAGCCGAGAAGGACUCAUUUCUGCUCGUUUUAUUUUCCUUCAUCGCAGCUGUCAAUUAUACUGAAGGGUGAUCUAGCUUCAAAACCUAAUAUUAAUUACGUUGGUCGCGUGUUUGGGUUCCUAUUAUAUCCGUAUCCAUUCCUUUAAUUUUUGUUGCUUCUUUGUGGUUUGAAUCUCUGGAAGGGAACUUCUUUCAUCUCUUACCUAUUUUUUGCGAUCAUUUGAAGUGUUCUGUUUGCUGAGUUCUGACAAUAAAAAUGAAUUUUAUAACUUGAA